AUGGCUGAAGCAAGCAGCUACCAGCCGGUCGAGGAUCGAUCCUCUUCGAAAACUUGCCAUUCGAAUGACGUGCGCAACGACUUGCUGGACACGUACACAGCGCUUGGAACGAUGGAGGGAGUUCGAAGUGUCCACACGUCACCACAACUGGUUCCUGAGGUUGCUUUUCACGCUAAUCCCUGGCGUAUGACUGACUAUCGAAUACCCACGAAGGACACCCCAACUUGGCACAUAUUUACGAAAUUCCGGCGAGACAGCUAUCGACCUGAAGGGCCAGCAUCCACCGACAACUUUUUUUUUUGUGGACUUCCACCUUUGCCUCCAAGUUUCCCGUGCAAUCUGAGUUCUCAUCACGUUGUUUUGAAAUCGCGAAUUCGAACUCGUCGAAAAAUUGUGUUGGUCAGUUCAACUGUCGUGAUGUCUCGUUGCCAAAUUGGCAAAUGGCUAUUCUUGUCGGCCUACUUCCUAAUCGCCGGCGUCUGCAACUGGGCUGUGAUCGCUUACACCCACGAUUUCGCCACAAGGGAGCCACUGCCGGAUAUUCUCUUCUCGCUGGUUCCCGAACAAGAAUGGGCAUCACGUCUGGGCGAUUACAUGGUUACAGCGACAGUGGCGUGCUUUCUACUUUUGCUGCUCUUCCAUCGAUUCCGAUCCAUAGUGGCUCGCCGCUUCAUGUUCAUUGCCGCCACUCUCUACGCCUUUCGUUCCGUUACACUCAUAGUGACGCAACUUCCACCAGGUUACGAAAACAACACCUCACGUUGUCGAGCACAGGUCAACUUCACUUUCCGUGUUUUUGUGUCCAGGAUUGCGGAGCAGGCAAUUCGCGCAGGGUUUCAGGACAAGGAUGGAAUGCUGUGUGGAGAUAUGCUCUUCUCUGGUCAUACGCUUGGCAUGAUCACGAGUGCGCUUUGCAUAGCGUACUACUUGCCGAACCGUUGGCGAAUGUUACAGUGGGUGGUCCACUGCUUCGCUGCUGUCGGGAUGAUUUGCAUGAUCAUCUCGCGAACCCAUUACACUAUUGACAUUGUCAUAGCGUACUGGCUGUCUAAUUUCGUGUUCCGGACGUACCACGCGUUCUGCGAAGUGGACAUUUUUAUGGAACGAAGGAAAUCAGUGCUGUGGGGGUUGUGGAUGUUUUGGGUAGUAGAAUGGUUAGAGGAUGACAUAGUGCCUGGAAAAAUCGAGAAUAAGUUUGAGUUCCCUUUCGAUGGUCUUUUACGGUUGUUGUUGAGAGAUGAAGCCGUCAAACACCACAAGCAGAUAUCUAUAAGUUCGGCUUCCACGUUCAACCUGCCAUGA